ACAAAACAAAUUUCAGUCAUACUGCACACACUACACACACAUACAGUUUCUUUGCUUCGUUUUUCUAUAAUUUUCACACGAUUGAUCGAUGGAUUGCUUGAACCCAUUAGAGCCAGCGGCGGCUGAAUCGCCGUAUGAGGUGUUGCUGAGGGCGGUGUUAUUGAUACCGGUUUCUCACUAUUUAUUGGGAUUAUCGUUGAUUGUUGUUGUGUUUCUGUAUAAUUUUCUUGAAAUUCAUAUCCUGCAAGAUUUAUUCACCGGAUUGAGGGGACAGAAAGUGGUUUUGACUUUCCAUCCUUCCUCUCAACUCUACCGCGAUGUUGUCUCAAAGUGUAGAAUUCUUCAUGGCAGGUAUUUAUCAACUCCAUGGUUAUGUAGUCCGCAUCUUCAGACUGUAUUUUUGCAUUUUUUGGGGAAUUCGCCUGUUCUCAGUUAUAGAAGACAGAUUUUUAUUACCUCUGAUGGUGGAACACUAGCAUUAGAUUGGGUGAAGAAUGUACAAGUUAAGAAUCUGGCCUAUCAAGUGAAUGAUGUGGUGGAGCAAGAUGAUAAGAAGCCCAUUCUGAUCAUCAUUCCUGGCUUAACAAGUGAUUCAAAUUCUGCUUAUGUCAAACAUCUGGCUUUCAGCAUGGCUAAACAUGGCUGGAAUGUUGUUGUGAGCAAUCAUCGCGGACUUGGGGGUGUAUCAAUUACAUCCGAUUGCUUCUAUAAUGCUGGAUGGACGGAGGAUGUCCGGAAAGUGAUUGACCAUCUUCACUGCCAGUUCCCGGAAGCUCCUUUAUUUCUUGUUGGCACUAGCAUUGGUGCUAAUAUUCUGGUUAAAUAUCUUGCAGAGGAUGGGAUAAAUGCCCCUAUAGUUGGAGCUGCAGCAAUCUGUUCUCCUUGGGACCUUUUGAUUUGUGACAGAUUUAUAAACCGUAAACUUGCCCAAAGGUUUUACAAUAAAGCUCUGACCAUCGGCUUGAAAGAUUAUGCCCAUUUGCAUGAGGAUGUCCUUUCUCGUCUAUCAAACUGGGAAGGUGUUAAAAAGUCACGUUCAGUUCGCGACUUUGAUGAUUGUGCAACUCGAGUUCUUGGCAAUUAUGAGACUGUGGAUACAUAUUACAGGCGUUCUAGCAGUUCUAAUUUUGUAGGAAGUGUAACCACACCCCUUCUUUGCAUUAGUUCUUUAGAUGAUCCAGUGUGUACAAGUGAAGCCAUCCCUUGGGAUGAGUGCAGGUUGAAUACUAAUGUUGUCUUGGCUGUUACACAACAUGGAGGACACUUACCCUUUUUUGAGGGCUUAACUGCAAAAAGUGUCUGGUGGGUAAGGGCUGUUGAUGAAUUUUUUGGUAUUCUGCAAUCUAGCCCUCUGAGUCACCGGAAAAAACAGACGCCAGAUCCCGCUACCAGUCCUCUAGAUCCAUCCAUCGAUCAGGCUCCGUAUGUGCAUGUUAAGGAAGAUGGCAUGGUCAGUGCUGCAAACAAUCAAGUAGCUGAAAUAGAAGUACAACACCAAGAAAAUAUGGAUGAAAACAAGAGCGAAGAGACACUCCAUGCCGAGCCAAAUGUCCAAGAAAAACAAAACACAAAAGUCGAACUUACUCAGCCCCCAGAUGUUGCUCGUUCACCAGAACAAGAUAUCACUGACAUAGUCGCUCCUGUGAAGAGAUGCUUAAAUCAGCUUUCACGUCAAAAUCGAAAAUCUUUGUGGCUGCUUGCCUACAUUGCAAUAUUAACCACUUGGCCAGUUGUGGGUUCUGCUCUUUCAGUUUUCCUCAGGAAAAGAUUUCAAGAUUUACUCUCCAGAGUAUCAGGUAAAAGGUAAGCGUCAACACUGAGGCACGCUUUUCUCGUGCUCACCACGUAUUGUGGGAGGUACGCUUUACUGUCAUUAAGACGGAGAUUUCUGUAUCUUCAGCAAAUACAGACAAAAAAAUGUUGUUAACUAGAAUGUUAUCUGUGACAAGGAAGAAUCAUCCUUGUCGUCAAGAACCUUGCAUGCAUUAUGUCAGGUAGCAAAGAAGAUCCCUUCUGGCUUCAAAAGGGAUGUCUCGUUUCAUGAAUAAAUGUACUAUAAUAUGCAAGAACAUUGUUGAUGGACUUACACAGGAUAAAGUGGAAACAUCUGAAGGAUAAGUUAUUUGAUGAUGAUCUGGCUGCAAGUA